AAGAAAUUAACAUGAAAUCUUUCAAUAUUUUUCAAUGUGAUUAAACAAUGCGAAUAUUUAAUAAAUUGUUAUUAUUAUCGUCAUUAUUAUUAUAAAAAUAAAAUUAUUAUGUUUUUGUUUCCAUUUAAGUUUUAACCACCGCACAAAAACUCCGAUUUCCAGACCACGGCGGCCAUGGCUUCUCUCCCCACCGGACCGCCGAUCAGUUUCCCGGCAACCAAAGGCGUGUUACUCUCAGUUGUUUGGAUCGGACUGUGCUGCAUCGCGAAAAUCAACGCAGGUGGAGAUCUCGGACGAGUAAUUGGAAUCGGAAACAAUGAGAGAGAGUUCGAUUACUUCAAGCUGUCUCUCAUAUGGCCCGGCACUUCCUGCGCCGCAACUCCUCGCCAUUGUUGCUCCUCAAACGCCUGUUGCCGCCGUUCAGAUGCGCCGACUGGAUUUACAAUCCACGGACUUUGGCCCGAUUAUAGUGAUGGAACUUGGCCAGCAUGUUGCCCGGGGAAAAAGUUCGAUGUUAAUGUGAUUUCAUCAUUGCUUAGUACAAUGAAUAAAUACUGGCCAUCUUUAAGCUGCGAUUCUAAUAUAUCAAACUGCUACGGUGGAACGGGAUUAUUCUGGGAACACGAGUGGGAAAAACAUGGAACUUGUUCAUCUCCAGUCGUACGAGAUGAGUACGAUUACUUUGUGAAAACACUUGAUCUCUACUUCAAAUAUAAUGUCACGGAAGUUUUGAAAAAAGCUGGUUAUGUAGCUUCAAAUUCUGAAAAAUAUCCACUAGAAGGCAUUAUUUCAGCCAUUCAAACUGCUUUCCAUGUAACUCCAGAACUUCAAUGCUCGGGCAAUUCUAUUGAUGAACUUCGGCUAUGUUUCUCUAAAGAUUUAAAGCUUACGGACUGUGAGGCUGAAUCCAGCACCAAAAGUGUGUUGAUUAACUCAGAAACAUCGUGUCCCAAGUACGUGCGCUUGCCAGAAGUUGUCUCAUCAAGUGAGUUUAAUGUUUUACAUGUCACAGGUAGUGGCAAUUACGGACAUGAUGCCAGUUAAUAUGUAUCUGAUGAUUAAAACUGUCGACUCUCUUACAGUUUAGCUUGCAAGACAGUUGCUUCUAAGGAUCAGUUAAAUCACGUGACACAGUGUUUGCGAUGUAAUCAUCAAUGUAAUGUAUUAUUUAUAUAAUCGAUGAUGAACGGUGUAGUAGUUGAAUUUUAUUAUUUAAUGU